GUUUAAAUUGAUUAUUUUUUUGUCGAGGUAUCAGCAUUGCCGCAGUUUCACGUCAUUUGAUAAUUAAUAAUGUUGAUUUUGGUGUAUGGUUGAAUAAUUUGUAACUUGUAACUUCAGCUCGUUUUACUUGUCCUAACUCAAACCAAAACCACUUUCUCUUCUCACUUUUUUCCCACUCCGUGCCACCCCAAACGGAAUAAGUUUAGAUAUGUCCAGGAUCGUCGAACAAAACUAGCACCAGCAAAAAUGAGCACGCCCUUGUUCCAUGAAUUCAAAAAGCAAGCUUCUUUCUUCCUAAAGGAGAAAAUAAAAACUGCUAGAUUAGCUCUGACAGAUGUCACCCCUGCAGAACUGAUGACAGAAGAGACAACCGGUGGAAAUCCAUGGGCUCCAGAUUCCAGAACUCUCAGAUCAAUUUCAAAGGCUGCUUUUGAGUUAGAUGAUUAUUGGAGGAUUGUGGAGAUUCUGCAUAGAAGGUUCCUGAAAUUCGAAAAGAAGAAUUGGAGGAUCUCUUACAAUUCCCUGAUCGUGCUUGAGCACCUGUUGACUCAAGGACCAGAGAGUGUUGCUGAGGAAUUUAAGAGUGACAAAAAUGUCAUCAGCCAGAUGAAAAGUUUUCAGUAUAUUGAUGACACUGGGUUUAAUUGGGGCCUAACUGUCAGAAAGAAAUCGGAGAGAAUAGUGAAUCUGCUGGAAGAAGUAACUCUUCUAAAGGAAGAGAGAAAACAAGCUAGAAGGUUAUCUAGAGGAAUUGAAGGUUUUGGAAGUUUUCCCCAUCGGUCAACUCCAGCACAAAGUAUUCUACGUGAGAAAUCAAUGCCAACCACACUCGAGAGAUAUGACUCAGACUUGAACAACCAUGAAGAUCAGGAAAACAAGUCCUCUUGUUCAAACAAUGGUGUGGAUGUGGACACAGUAGCUGUGAAAUCUCCUGGCCAUCAAGGUGGAACUUUCAAGUCCUUGGAUGGUGUGGAAGACAAGGGAUACCAGGAUGAUCUAGGCAACAGUCAAAUGCUUCAGAAAUCUGAAACAGAUGCUAAAGAAAACAAGGAGCCUAGCAAGGAAGAGUUCCAUCUAUGGAACAUGAAAGGUGAGUCCAAACCCCUUUUGGAUUGUGGUGAAGAGGAUUCCAGGAUUGGAAUCAUCAGAACCGAAGAUGAUUACCCCUUUAAUUCAACUGAAUUGCAUGGCACUGCCUCACUGCUUUCUGCCAGAGACGGAAUACUACAAGGGUGUUGAAGCAAUUUGAAAAUUUAAAUGAAGCCAACAAGUCCAAGUUGUCUGCAAAUUGCAUUUUGCAUUCCUGAAUAUAUAGGUAACCAUUGUGUUACUGCCAGAAUAUUUCCUCAUUAUCACCGGUUUGUUUCAGAACAAAGAUGACAGUUUUUGCCAUUUUGUAAUGUAUUUCUCCAUAUUUUGAUCUCUUCAGAUAAUUUUUCAUAAAGUAGAAAAAAAUAUGAUGAGUUAAGUG